AUGAUAAAACUUCCCAAUAAAAAGGCCUCUUUACCGAUCAGAAAACUUCUGAUGUUCGGCAUUCAGAACGAGGUUGUCUGCAACGGCAAGGAAGCCGUGGACGUGCACUCUUCCGGCAAAAACUACGACCUCAUCCUCAUGGACAUGGACAUGCCCGUCAUGAACGGCAUCCAGGCGACGAGGAGGCUAAGGGAGAUGGGGAUAGAGAGCGUGAUAGCGGGAGUGUCGACGAGGACGAAGGAAGGAGAGAAGAAAGAGUUCAUGGAGGCAGGGCUUGAUGAUUUCCAAGAGAAGCCUCUCACCAUUUCUAAGCUUCUUUCCAUCCUCCAUAAACUCCAUCCUUCCUCCAAAUCUCAUCUUUUGUUUAUAUGA